AUGAGGUUGGAAUCUUGGAUGCGUGUGAUCCUGGGCUUGUGUUCUGAUAGUAGUGAGCUGGUUAGGCUGAGAGUGAUCGAUUCCUUACAGGAACUGGGCCACACCAAAAGAAAAAGAGUUCUACUUUUCCUUCGCAAGUUUCUAACCGAGCACCAAUGUUUGCCAUUGUUCCAACGCAUCACUCUACUGAAGAGCAUCUUUGUGAUCGUCAAGGACAGCUCUGUACACUUAGGUCGGCCACUGUCAAAAAAACUCAUCCCUUUGGCUUUGACAGAAAUGACCAAAUUAUCAAACGUUACUGAUGGACACAGGGAAACUGCCAGUAACCUCCUGCUUAUUCUGGGCUGUAGUUUCCCCACUGAAGUUUUCACUGAGCUGCAGUCAAUGAUCCAUCGGCAGAUCCCAGCUAAUUUUUACGUGAUACUAACACUUGCAAACUUAAGUUGUGAGAAGGUGUAUUGCAUUGUCCCAUUGCUGAAACCUUUGAUGGAAAAAAUUCUCUUCAUGCUGCAAAUCGAGACAUGUGAAAGAAUAAAGUGGGUGUUCUGCUAUGCCUUCAGUCUUUUCAGCAAGAGCAUUCUCACUUACAUUUCAAACUCAGAGAAGACCCUACACCCUCCGCUGAGGAAGAAUGCCUUCUACAAUGAGUUUUCUGCUGCUUAUGACGUUUUUUUCCAUUACUGGUUGAAAGUGAAGGAAUCCAAGGUGAACAUGGCGGUGGUUGAAGCAAUUGGCCAGAUUUCCUAUCUGCUUCCUAACGACAAAGUGGAGAAUGAGCUACCUGCACUAAUUCCAACCAUUUUAUCCAUGUACCAGAAAACAGUGAGCCAUCUUUCUGUCACUAAGGCCAUGUGUGGCAUCUUGCAAACUACCAUGGAAAGGGAUAGUAAAAUGCUGGUGCCGCAUCUGGAUUGUCUACUGAUGGUUUUACAUCAGCAGGUCUGUAUUACUAUGGAUCAACCCACCAACCCGUUAUCUGAAGCCCAAAGAAACAAACUCCUUUGCUGCUUCAAACUCUUAACACCAGCCUUCAUUGACCAGUUACUAACAUUCCUUUUCCUGGAAUUGGAAAUCAGCGAUGAGCCGAUUCUGUUGGGAGCACUGGCGAUAAUGAACUACCUGAUCAGUAACAUCCCUUCGUGCCUGGAAAGUCAGAGGAGUCAGAUCCUGAUGAGUCUGGCGCUGCCGAUGACAAUGAGAAGUAACAGAGUGAAGGGAAUGCUUGCCCAGGUAAUACACACUAUGGCCACUCAAGGUUACCUGGAACUGAAUGGGGGAGUGGAACUGAUUGAGUUUAUAAUUGAACAGUGUGCACUGCCCACUGUGGAGGACAAAAAAGGUAUUAGCAUCGGUGAAAGGAGAGAGGAUUUCGGCAAUGUUAUUAUAGACAGAGAUGUAAAGAGGCAGUAUGAAAAGUUGGUGGAAGAACUGACCACAACUCUGAACAUUGAUAACCUUCUCUGGCCAUUGCUAUUGGAGUUUGUGAUCCCAGUAAGGUACACCAAUGCCUUAGCUCUUGUCUGUAGUUCCUUGGUGUACCUCGGAAAGAAGAAACAGGAAGCCGGAGCAACAGAGUUUGUUCUAAAUUAUGAGGAGCACGUGAACCUUCCAAAUUGCCAGGCGUUACUCACACGGCUGUUGACCGUGGCUUCAUCUCCUUAUGAAGGGAAUGGUCAAGGAAUCCCUGCUCUAUCUUUACUGCAAGUCCUGGGUAUUAACAUUCAUCCUGCGGCAGUGAAGGUCUGGGACAAAGAACUCCCAAUUCUAAUGAAUUACCUUCAAGAAUUUCCAGGGAAUCAGCUGCUUCAGAAGCAAUGGGAAGAAAAACUGUUACACGUCUUGUGCCAAACGCUGGAGGAGAUAGAAGAUGAAGUGUGGAUUGUCCAGCUGAGUGAAGUGAUGAGCAAAUACCUUUAUAGAUUUUACCCUACCCCACAGCAGAAGGGGUUUCUCUAUAAGUGUUUGGGGAUAGUGUUGCAACUGACCCAGAACCAGGAAGUGGUGAAGAAGAAACUGCAUGAGAUGUUUCAGAUUGUCUGUCAUGGUGAAGAUUUAGAAAGGGAGGGUGCAGCUAUUGGAAUUGGCCAGUGUUCCCACAUCCACUUGGAUAUCUGCCUAACUAUGUUGAAAGAUUGUUCAAGGCUGAAUAUCUUUAAGAAGACUGCAAGCUUCUAUCAGAUAAUGAAAGACCAAGGUAGCAUUGAAUUAAUGAAAGUGAAAAGCACGCUCAUUUUAAGCUAUGGAUAUGUAAUAUGGUUUUCGCAAAAGGAGCUCAUCUUACCAAGAUUAGAGACUGACAUUCUACAAAAUGUCCUUAACCAUUUCAACAUGAAGAUUUUGGGAAUGAAGGUUCAAGUCAAGGACACAACAAUGAAGUUGAGUCUGAUAAAGGCUAUAACCCUCAUGGCCAAGGUGAUCCUACCUGUGAAAGACCAAGCUAGCUACAGGUUGGCCAGGAAAGCUGAGCUGGUGAGCUAUCUGCAAGACUUCAUCAAGGCUGAGCCUAGGGACACCAUGAGAACAUCCAUUCGGAAGGCUGCCAUAGACGCUUGUGCAGUUCUUGUGAUUGUGGAGCCUUUAUUAAGUGACCAUACAGAAUUGGUUAGAGUGUGUUUGAAUAGUAUUUUCAGCCUUCCGUAUAUGAAUGGCAUCAAUGCCAAUGAAAGUAAGGACAUGAACAUAGCCAAGAAGCAAGAGCUUUACAAUGAGACAUUGGCAUCGCUCGAGAAUUUUCUGAAGCAAUUUCUAAUUUUCCGCUUGUCACCUGAUGGUCUUCGGUUUCUGUUCAAGAACAUGAUGUUUUGGAUUGAGUCCAAAAAGAACUAUGAACGAGAAAAAUCACUGGAGAUGGCCUUACACCUCUUGAACUUUUAUCUGGAAGAAACUGACAUUAAUGGCAAACCUCCAUCUCACGACUUGGCCGCUGUAACUGGAUAUAUUGUGCUUCGGUGUUCAGAUCCAUCAUUAAUUGUGAGGGAAACAGCCAUUGAAUGCUUGUAUCUAUUGCUUCAAAUACAGUUACAAUUGGAAAGAUUGCCUAGAAAUCAGAGAGAUGAAGAGGUGGAACAUCUGAAAGCUAUCAAAGAUGGAUUAAAAGACACCAGCAGUGAUGCCCUCUAUUGUGUGUGCACCGAUAUUGGUAAAGUCCUGUCCAGAUGUAUGCCUCAUAAUCAUGUAGACACUCUACUCUUCACUCUUUCGGAAGGACUCAGUGACGAGCAAUUAAAUGGCUCGUUUGUGGCUUCUAUUGUUAUGAACGUUCUCAUAAGGAAGUGUGGAGCCAUCCUUAAUGACAUCCCUGGGAUAAUCAAGGUUUUGUAUGAUCAGCUGCAAUCCAUCACAGAACCUCGGAUAAUUCGUGCAGUGAUACACAUUAUCUCGAUUAUGGCUUCACAGAAUGUGCUGAUGAUUUUGCCCUUUCUCCUCAAAUACCAAAUUCCAUUCCGUACGUACAAUGGUGAGGUAUGGCAAUCUCUGCUGAGUGACAACGUCGUUGCAAAGACUUCUGUGAAGUAUCUGCUGGAUAACUUGAAACUGCUGUAUGACGAUAGGAAAGAGCGCUUUGUUCAAAAGGUGACACGAUCAAUAACCCAACAGCCGUUUGUUGUUAUGAGUGCUCUCCAUGCAAUGAUAUGCAGUCCAAAAUCAGAAUGUGUGAUAAACAUCCUGUACCCACAGUUGUUCUGCACCAUUCUAAUUUAUCUCAGUUCCAGUGUGCAGAUCUGGUACCCCAGCGAAUUUCCAGGAAUGCCAAAGGAUUGGGAAACCUUCAGCCUGUCGGACGAGCCUGGCAGCAAUGAUGUCUUUAAAUACGCUGUUGAGAUACUGCAAGUCCUCCUGAAACAUGGAAAGACAGAAGGUUCAAACGUUGCAAAGAUGGGAGGUUGGGGCCUCAUCAAAAGUCCAGAGAUGCACCACAAGGGAGUGAUGCUGCUGGCCAGUGCUGUGGCGACAUGUGCUGUCCCUCACCUGAUCAGCAUUGUGGAGCAACUCAUCCCUUUCCUUGCUAAUGUCCAUGAGAAACACCGGAUCACCAUAGCUGCCUUCUUUGCAGAGCUCUUAAAUCACCCUGUGACGUCGGAACUGUCCCUCACUGACACUCUCGUGACCAGCUUGCUUCGAAGCUUGAUCGAUACGUCUCCCACUGUCCAGUGUCUGGCUCUGAAAGGUUUAGGAAAUGUUGGAGCCUCUCAGAAGGUAGAAAGAUAUUCGACCAAACUGUUGUCUGCAAUGAUCGCAAUGACACACAAGUACUCCGAAACCAACGAAUUCAUAGCAGUUGAGGCAAUGUCAAGUAUUUCAAAGAUCCUAGAUCAGCUGCAGGGAAAUCUUGCAGAUUCUAUUCUGGUGGAUGUGGCACUUACAAUCCAGCCUCUCUUUGAACACAAGCAGGACCAACUGAGAACGACUGCGUUUAAAGUUCACGAGAAAAUAAUCCGAUUCAUCAAGGUUCAGCCUGACCCUGCAUUAAUGGAACACCUCCAUUCAACCCUGAUCAGCUUGUUGCUACAUCUCAACGAUGACAGCCAGGAUGUGCGGAAAGCCUGCAAAUCAGUGUUGUGUUCGAUGGGACCAAUCAUGGCAACCGAGGGCCCAAGCACUACGCUUCAAGAGCUCUCACUGGAGGAACCUGCACUGGAUUAUGAGGCAUAUUUAAGCAAGAUCGCCAAGCAGAUUAGCAAAGAAUUGUCCGACAAGGUCACCUUCUACAUCGCGAGCUGUGCUGCCUUUUUCAAAAGUGUGCAACCGGAGAUAAGAGAAAAUGCUGUCACCUUGAUAGGUUUGCUCAUGUACAAUGCAGUGCCAGAUUAUUCCACGUUCUCCGUCGACCCCAUUUGUGAGGAGAUCAAUACUCUCCUGUUUGAUCCAGUGAAAAGUGUCCGACUCAAAGCAGCUGAGGCUGUACAAUACCUCUACAUGUACUGA